CGAACCUUUAUCUAUUAACUAUUAACUGACCGCUGUUUCCUACACUAUUUAUUAUUCACAUUCUCAACAAAAUAACUGUUGGGCGGUGAGCGAACGAACGAACGAGCGAACCAACAAACGAUCGUUAUCGUUACGUUCCCCACCGUCGCAUUCAUAAUCCCUUCUUCCUUGCGCCCUGUUUGUUUUUUCCAGCUUAAUUAACAGAGAAGCUUUCGUCUUUGUUAUCGGAACCAAACAGAACGUAACUCUAGGGUAUCUUCAAGUGCGCGGAAGAAGGUUAUUACAGAAGCCAUGGUUCUGGACACCAUUCUGUCUUCCUCUUCUCCUCGUUUAAAGUCUCCAUCAGUCAGGAGACCUAAGGAUGGACUUGGUAGUUGGUCAACACUUUUCCAGAGGCACCGCUUCCUCUUAUCUGCUCUCGUGCUCCUUACUAUUCUAUGUACUGUUUAUCUUUACUUCGCAAUCACCAUAGGAAGCGGCUCCUGUUCUGGGUUGAGUGGAGCACAGAAAGCUUCGUGCCAUAUGGAGCUCGUCAAGGAUUCUAUGUCCAAUGGAAAACUGAAAUUUCUUUAAUAUCUCAAAUAUUAUUAUCGGAGUUUUUGUUGCUAUAAUCCCUCCCUCCACCCCGGUAUAGGUGUGACAUGAAGUCCAAAUAUAGUCUUCUGUUACAAUAUCUGUGAUUUGUUAAUGUGUAAGAUACAGACAACAAGCCAUUUCUUAGAUACAUUAUUGUUAAGGUUGAUGAUUGGUUACUAUUGUAAAAGCUUGAAUUUACCUAUUGUUUAUGCUAGUCUGAAACCUCUUUUUG